AUGAAAACAUUCACUCUACCUCUUGCUGCUCUCGUGGCCAUCUCAGCCUUAGCCCCCUCCUACGCCGUUAUCUACUCAGCCAGCAACAGCGCGAUAGGCACGCCCGGCGGCGACCGCUUCCAGCACCAAGUCGGGCUUGACUACGCCCUCGACGUCCUGGAAAAAGGGUCGUCCUCCUUUUGGUACGCGUUCGCUCAACAGAACGAAACCGACAGGAAAAAUGUUACGGAGAUAACCGUAACGAUUACCCAGAGCAUGAUCGGUAUAUCCGACAACGUCAACGGUGACAUCCGCGUAAACUCCAAGUACAUUGGAAACUUUUCCGGUGACGUUAAGGAAGAGUUCACCGGGAUUGUGUACUACGAACUUGCACGCGCUUUGCAAUGGGACGGGCAGGGGCAGGCCCCUGCCGGGUUGUUGACGGGCGUGGCGGAUUUCUUCCGGUUGAAAGCCGGAUACGCGCCACGAAUACGUAGCUAA